GGUUACAUUUAUUCCGGAGUCACUAUGGCAAAUAAAAAAAAUAGCAGACGUUCUGAUCGCUUGGUGUCCUUGGAAGAACGGUGUGGCUCAUCACCGUCGUGCCCCAGUACCGGUGAGCCUGUAGCCGGUACGUCCCGGUCGUCUGUGGCGGUUGCGGCGGGAGUUGAAGCGCCUUCUUCGCAAGUCUACCCCGCGAGCCCCAUCACAAGCGACUCCACGUCGACGGACAGGAUCGUUAAUGCGAUACGAUCGAUCAACACGACGGGGCAAUCAACCGGGAAGCUGGAUUCUGGCAUGCGCGGACCAUAUCGCGUGGUCAAGGCGCUACCCCAUGGUCGCUAUGAGCUACAACUGUUGGCUAGUUUCUACAGAAAGCUGACCCAGGUCGCGGCUGAAUUUAUGUCGCCGUGGUGCCGAGUCUGAUGAAACGGAGUCUGCAAUUGACCAGCCAGCCAGCGAGGUUGCAUUGCCCAAUGGAGCGUUCGAGCCUGUACCAAGUACUUCAAGUGGAGUGCGAGCCGCUGCUAUUCGAAAAAGGAGAACGGGGACGUCCUCCAGUCAGGAGAGGCCGUGUUAGCAUAGUGGCCACCCUGCAGCAAGGAUGGCAACACCAAUUUACUGAUGACAACACUGUGGGGAAAAGCGCCUAUAUAAGUCGUUGCAUGAUCAUUUAACUCCCUCUUUUUCGGUAAGGCGCUUUGGUAAGGGGAAACUCUGCCCGAUUGAGUAGUCAAUUCCUAAAUU